GGUGCGAAGUGGCAGAAGAGCCUUUGUUCAGUGUCAGAUUGGGGCGGGUGUAGUACUGGCACUAGGACCCGUCGCAGUGAAGGAGGAGCCUUUGUUCAGUUUCAGUGUGGGGCGGAUACCAGCCCAGGCACUAGGACCCGGCGCAGUGCGGGAGGAGUCUUUGUUCAGUUUCAGAGCGAGCGCAGCUGCAGCUUCAGCUUCAGCUUCAGAGCCGGAAAGAUCUCAAUGGGAGCAGGGACCAUGGCGCUCAAUCUUAGUAAUAACAGACUCGCUUUACUCACAGCCUAUGAGGAUGUCAUCAACGAGAAGACCUCCACCGACUGGGCCCUGUACACUUACGAAGAUAACACUGACAAUCUGAAAUUAGCCGAUUCAGGAGCGGGUGGUCUGCAGGAAAUCGCCACAAAGUUUGACAAUCAAAGUGUGAUGUAUGGAUUCUGCAGCAUCAAGGACUCUGGUUCUGGCCUGCCCAAGUAUGUCCUGAUAAACUGGGUGGGUGAAGAUGUGGAUGAUCAUCGAAAAUGCACGUGUGCCAGUCACGUGCCCACAAUUGCAGACUUCUUCCAGGGGGCAAAUGUUAUUGUUAAUGCCAGCAGUCCUGAGGAUGUGGAUUCCACUGCUAUCCGGCAGAAGUUGACUAAUGGCACAAUGCACGUUUCAAGCCCAGUCUUGCGCCGACUCCACCUUAAAGAGGAUGAAGACUUGCUGGGUCCAGUGGGAACAACAUACCAAAAGACCAAUGCUGCAAUUGAAAUGAAGCGAAUUAACCGAGAAUUAUUCUGGGCACAAGCAAAGAGAGAGGAGGAGCUGAGAAAAGAAGAGGAGCGCAAGAAGGUGAUUGAAGAAAGAGAAAAAUUUGAGAGAGAGAGAAUGGAGCAAGAGAAGAAAGAACAAGAAGAUAGAGAGCAAAGAUACAGAGAACGAGAGAAACAGAUAGAAGAAGAAAGGAAAAAGUUGCAAAGUCUUGAAGUCAAUGAAAUCAAAGAUGCGUUGAGCCAGAACAGCAACAGGGAAGCGCAGAAGGAGGGAAUGGAAGAGGAUGAAGAGAACAGAGGAUCCAAGAUCAGCGAUUCAGCCGAGAAAGCAGCAGAAGCUGCCGCCCUUAUUGCACUGCGGGAUGGAAAUCCAAGGGAAUUCUUUAAGCAGCGAGAAAGAGCCAUGACAACAAGUUUUGAGACUGCACAUUUUUCAGGUCAAAGACCAGCCCACCAGACACAUUUUGAAUCCACCAGACUGGAAGAUGUAACGUCCUUCAGUGCUCCAGAUCCAAGCAUUGUUGCAACACCGAUAUAUGAGGAGAAUGAAGAGGCUGUAGAGGAAGAACUUCCAAAUUUAAUUCUGGAUGCAGACAAGGCUGCACCUAGCUUUCCAGAAAAGCCACCCAUUUGCUGUGAAGAGCCACUGCCAGCACAGAAUAUGCCAAGCUAUACUGACGAACCUGCUCUGGUAGAUAUGGAUGCUCCAAAUCCUGUAUGGCCUGAGGCACCCAGCUUUGUACACACUGAAGAGUCAGUGCACAUUGAGCAGAGAGGUUUCACAAGUACUGAGGAACAAAGCCUUGUGGACAUUGGGAAGCCACAAACAAAUGACAAUUUUCCACAAGUGAAUGACAACUUACUGGACCUUUUGGAGGCCAAUGGAAUAGACCAGCUACCAUCCGAAUCACACAGCGAGAUAGCAGAGAAGCCAUUGAUCUACACCAGUACUGACGAAAUGGAAUUGAUUUUAGACAUGAAAAGGCCACCACUGGAUGAGACACAUGCAGACAUUGAUGCAAAUAGCCAACUACUUGUGAACUUCCAGGAAUCAGCAGGGCAAUAUGCAGAAUUAGAGCCCACUGAACUAGGGCAACAGCAGCAGCCACACAACAGUGGAGGAAGUGAGGAAGACAACUUGCUGUGUUUUGAUAAUAAUGAAGGGUUACCAGCGCCACCUCCAGACUGCCUUGAUUCACAGCAGUGGGAGAAUAUUCCAAGCCUCAUAGAGCUUGAAGGCUCUCAACAGAUGAGUGAAGAUUUUUGCUUUGGAAUGCAGGAAUUGCCCAAGCCCCAGGAUGCAGAGGCUGUUGAAGAUUUUUUUAAUCCACCGCAAGAUGAAUAUAUUAAAUUUCAAUCACAUGUAGAGGAAACUGGCAGUAAAAUCCCAGAAAUUGAUAUUACCUAUUGCGACAAUGAUACCGACACAGACCCGGAUCAUUCCCCUGCAGACUGAGCUCAUCCUGUGAUGCUCUCCAGUAUGACAAUUAUGCUUCAAGUAAAUGAAAAUGACAAAAACUGCUAAGUUUUAAUUUUAGUCUGUGUUUACUAUUUUUAAUUGUAAUAAUUUGAAUGUAUUAUUUUCUAAAUUAACCUUAUUGUAUAUUAAUUCCACUCACAGCUGCUAGGUAUAGUCUGCUGAAGCUGAUAUUAUGUGACUAGCAGUGUUAACUAUCACCAAUUGCUUUUCAAGUACCAUUUUCAAAAGCACAAAUUUUGUGAAAUGCUAAUCGCUGUUGUAUGAAAAUAAACAGUUUCUGAAAAUCCAG